GUGAAGAAUUGUUUGUGUGCUUAUCUCAUUUAUCAAAAAAAUAUUAUCUUAUCUUUCGACCUCUUUCACCCUUAAACCCUCCAGUUUCGAGAUCAUUUGUGCUGCAAAACGGAAAGAUCGAACAGAAUGUUUCUCGGAAUAUUGACGAUUUUGACUAUAUCCUCCCAAUGGAUAAACUGCGAAAAUCUAUCCACGCUAAACGUGAUCAAUCUGAAAUCUCUCAAAAAAAUCGAAAUAACCGAGUAUAAGGGUGCGAUGAACCAGGAAGUUUUCAGCUUUUUCCAGCACAUAACUGAGUUAGAAGUUAAAAACAGCGAAUUCACCCUCGACAACAAUUUUCUCCACGUCUUGCCGAGGCUCAGAAAACUCACCAUGACGGACAAUCGUAUAACCACGACAGGUUCAAACGUCACAGACUGCUGCGAGCAUCUUACAGAGUUAAGGCUGGUAAACAACCACAUGAAAAACCUCAGAAUUGACCAGAUUGGAAAAGUACCAUACAUCCUCUUGUUGGUACUAACCGGGGAAGACGUGCCAGUUUUGAAGAAAGAAGGUUUCUCAGCAUCACCCCGUAUCAAGGAAAUGAACAUAACCUAUUCUGGUCUCACAACCAUCGAAGCAGGAGCUUUUAAGGGCCUCCAAGAGUUGGAGACGCUGAAUUUGGAGGGUAACAGACUGACGCAUAUGACAAGAGAAAUUCUGGAACCUUUGAAGGUUCUCCAGAAGCUGGUGUUGAAGAAUAACCUCCUCGGUGAAUUUUCAGGAGACGCGGUCUUGAAUUUGGACUGGUUGCAAUUCAUCGACAUCUCCCAUAACCCGAUCAAGAAGCUGGCUAUCGAAAAUAUAAGAAACAAGGCUAUUCGAUUGAAGAAGAUCGAUGUUACUGGAAUCGAUGGGACAACUCAAGAAAUAUUGAAGUUUCGAGAAUAAGAAAUAGAUGUAUAAACGAAUUCGUAAUAAAAAAUUUUAUUCGA